UGGUUACACAAACACAGAUGAGGAACACAACACAGUCCACCACGGGAGAGAAACUAGUGUUAGAUUAUUGACACUGAAACUAUCAUAAAGUGAACAAAAAUAUAGAAAAAGGAAAAUGAACAGAGAACAUGGGAAAAGCGUCAAUGAUAUCUAUGAAAAUGACUUUGUUACAAAAGGAACAUUUGGAAAAAGGACCACAGACAGUCACACAACGAGAAUCCAGUCAUCUGAACUCACAGGAAGUGAUGAUGUGAUGAUCAGAUACUCCAGAGCAGCUGCAGUAGUGUUUGUGCUGCUGUGUGUUCUUCUGCUGACUGCACGCAUAAUACUGUGUGCCACCUUCACUCAAGAGAGACAACAGCUACUAACUAAGAUCACCAACCUCACAGAAGAGAGAGAACAGCUACUAACUAAGAUCAUCAACCUCACAGAAGAGAGAGACCAGCUGAAAUCAGAAAAAAAUGAACUUCAGAAGUGUGUUGCGGAUGGAUGCCAGGGCCAUCAAUCCAGUCUUUACUUCAUUUCCUCUGAGACGAAGACCUGGAAUGAGAGCAGAAGAUACUGUAGAGAGAGAGCAGCAGAUCUGAUCAUCAUCAACAACACAGAGGAACAAGAUUUUGUGAAGAACAUUACUGGUAGCUCUGAAUAUUUCUGGAUUGGUCUGACUGAUAUUGAAGUGGAGGGCAGAUGGAAAUGGGUUGAUGGCAGCAACAUGACCUUACCUGGGUUCUGGGCGUCUGGAGAGCCAAACGGCUAUCGGGGAAAAGAGGAAGACUGUGCUCUAAAUUUUUCACCAGGAUGUGCUGAUUUUCCAUGUGAUUAUACGUCUAAAUGGAUCUGUGAGAACAAUAUUUUUAAAUGACACAUUAUAUAUGAGUGCAUUAUGAAUAUCUAUGUGUUAUGAUCCCAUCUGUUCUGUUUUUCUUGUCUGUCUUUGGAUUUAUCUUGUCUGGAUUUAUGUUUAUUUUAAAUGUUUAAAUAAAUGUUUGUGACUGCACUUAGAUUCUCUAAUUCUGAAGCAGCUGCGUUACAAUAUAUCUGUUAAACAUCAAGUCUUGUGUUUAGUCAUUUUGCCAGGUUUUAUUUGAAUGCAACUUCAAUUAGAUUAUUCAGUAAAACAAUAAAAACAAAAACCAUUUUAAUAUUUCAACUUCCAUGAUAAACUAAUCACUUUGUUUUGAAUGUUUAGUCAAACAUUGUCACAUCUGAAGAUCAAAACUAAAAUCUGAAAAACAACAGCGAUGUUUCUACAGACUGAAAUAAUAUCAGUAACACACUGAUAUAAUAGAAAUAUUCA